ACACCAUGUAACAAGAAAAGAAGCAAAAAACCAAAAGAAAGAUAAAGAUGCCAAUAAGUAGAGAAGAAGAGAGCAGCACGUCCAGUGGUGCAGAAUAGAAGGCUAAAGAGCCUCCCCCCAAAGAAAAAAAUUGGGUGAAACUAUCAAACAAUUAGAAGAUGUAUAGGUUUAGCAACACAGUCAUAGGUUUCUUGAACCUUUUCACACUGUUAGCAUCGAUACCGAUCAUCGGAGCAGGUUUAUGGAUGGCAAAGAGUAGCACGACCUGUGAAAGUUUCCUUCAAACCCCACUCCUUGUAUUAGGCUUUGUCAUAUUGAUAAUAUCUUUGGCAGGUUUUAUUGGAGCUUGUUUCAAUGUGGUGUGGGCACUCUGGGUUUAUUUGCUUGUCAUGUUGUUUAUCAUUGCAACCUUGAUGGGCUUGACUAUAUUUGGAUUUGUGGUUACUAGCCGAGGGCGUGGCCAGGAAGUUCCUGGUAGGGUUUACAGGGAGUAUAGGUUGGAAGAUUAUUCACCCUGGUUGAGAAACAGGAUUAAGGAUCCCAGGUACUGGAAUACCAUUAGAAGUUGUUUGUUGAAUUCCAGGACUUGUGCUAAAGUUGCCUUUUGGACUCCUCUUGAUUAUCUUAACAAAGACAUGACCCCAGUCCAGUCUGGUUGCUGCAAGCCACCAACAUCAUGCGACUACAACAUGGUGACAAUGGUGGCCCAAAACCCAGAUUGCUACAGGUGGAACAAUGCUCCAACCAUGCUCUGCUAUGAGUGUGAUUCAUGCAAAGCUGGGGUGCUUGAAUCUGUGAGGAGGGAUUGGCACAAACUCUCAGUUCUAAACAUUGUCAUGGUUCUGCUGUUGAUUGGGAUUUACUCAAUAGGGUGCUGUGCUUUCCAAAACACUAAGAGGGCUGAAACUGAUUACCCUUAUGGCCAAAACCGGAUGUCCAAAGUUAGACCAAGAUGGGACUACUACUGGUGGAGAUGGUGGCGUGACAAAAGAGAGCAGCUUUAUUAGCAGGUUUUUGUCUUUCUUUUUGCUUUUAUCUUCCCCAAAACUUUCUUGGUGUCAAUGUUCUAAUGGCUCUGUAAAGAUGGGACAGUUCAGUUAUUUUUCUUUUGUAUGGCAUUGCAACUUUUCUUGACAGAGUUUCCAUGGUUGCUUUUUUUU